AUGACGAACAACAACCAAAUUUUCGACAGUCCAGACACCAAGGCGACGUCACCACUGAAACUAGGCCGUCAUAGCACGGCGCAGCAGCCCAAAAGCGAGGCAUCAGAGACUCCUAAAGACAGACAAGACUUCAAUUAUCUUUUGGAGCAGCUAUCACCGAUGCCAGGCACCUGGGUGGAUGAGGAUGACAAGAAGGAGCCGGACUUUAAUGAGUACGUGGGGUCUGUUGGCAGUUCGCCCCAUAGCGUGAAAGAUUUUGCCAUGAGCCCGUUUCAGGGAGAACUGGACGGACAGGGCCAUGUUUCGAGUCCUGUUCCCCACGCUCCUGAGUCCAAAGACAGCGAUCGACUGAGUGCGUUUGGCAAGGUCCCGAUUUUGGGCAGUAUUCUCACGGAGUCACUGGGAAUCACACACAAGUCCGGGGCUGACGAGCAGUAUGACCAGACCUCCAACACCAUCCAGACAAACGAAUUUCUCAACAACACGAUGGACGUGUCGAUCAGCAGCACAAGUACGUCGCACAGUGAGGACGACUCGUCUGUGUCGGAAAGUAAUUUUAUCGAUCUCGACAAACAGGGAUACACGUCUCCGGUGGUUGACCAGGACAAGACGCCUGUGGUGUCGUCGUUUGGGUUCACCGAGGGAGACAAGACGCCAAACGGUGAGGACGCUAAGCGGUUCACGAAUCCUCUGAGCUCUUCUGACGUCAGACUCUCAAGUUUCCGCAGAGCUGGCUCUCCACUGGUGGAGACUCCGAUCUUGGAGGAGGAAGAGGAAGAUGGCGAACCUUUGGCAUCAGUUUUUGAUCAGCGCGUCGAGCGGUCGCCGCAGGUGCCACUACGCCACGCAAAGUUCUCGGAAAUACCGAAACACCAGAGCUACUCGUCGAGCAUUUAUUCUGAGGUGCCGGAGUCGAACGUUGGAUCGGCUGCAAAACCUCUGACGGCGAUUCCGGAAUUCUCAGCGGAGCCUGUGGUUCCCGAGAGGUCGUCUUUGCGCGCAACUCCAGAGCCAGCAGAAUCUGCUGCUCCCGUGGCCCCGUUCGCCAAAAAAGCCUCCGUUCCCCGUGCAAGCACGUCGUCGAGCGUGUACGAGCCGGCACGCCCGUCUGGCGCAGCGGCUGACGAGGAGCAGCCCGAUAAAAUGGCGCAGCUGCCCGAGUUCUCGUCGACACCUAAGAAAACGCGCGUCUCGGUGAGACAGCAGUCGCUGUACCAGGAUACGUACAGCAAAAAGUCGGCCGUCUCGAGCAACAGAGACCUUACGAAUUUCGAGUCGUCGCACCAGCUGCACGAGCUCAGCACGGACGCGAGCUCGGUGGUGGACGACGAAGCGGAAGAGGACGACGCGUCGGCACUGUUUGUGACGGCGUUGUACCCGUUCGACGCCAGCACGCUCGAGUCGAAAAACGACGCGUCGAUCUGUCUCUCCUUCAACGAGAACGACAUCGCCUUUACGUACUCGCUCGACGAUUCGGGCUGGGGCGAGGUGACGCUGCUUAACACGCUGAAGCGCGGCUGGGUGCCAAUGAACUAUUUCCGGGCCACGCUGUCGGAGGACCUCGAGGACGAGCCACAUCUGAGCAAGUACGCGAGACUGGCUGCGUCGCGCCGGCCGCUGCGAAAAUUGUUCCGCCACGCCGGCAUGUUCCUGCUCAAUCCGCAGAACAAGAUGCUUUACAUCAAGAACGAGUUCAAGGGAUAUACUUUCGACAUCCGCUACAUCAACGGUAUCACGCAGGGCGUGAGAACGCUGCUCAAGGAGACAGACUGCAUCUCGCGAACAAGCGACAUUGUGCAACGCAAGCCGAUUGUGCGCCGAUUGCGCAAGAAACUGCUGCGUGACUGGUCGGACCUGAUCUACAAGGCCAAGGACUUCCUCAACACCAUGGACGUGAAAAAAAUCGAGUAUCUCCAGCUGCUCGCAUACCAGGUGCUGCAGAAGGCCAUCACGUUUUUGGACGUGUGGGGUCUUGAAAGCGACGACCUGGUCAACCGAGACAAACAGCUCAUCAGCUCGUCGCAGCUCGUGCCCGUGCGCUACCUGUCUGCACCGCCACGUGCUGCGCCACGCGUGAACGAGCUGUACAACCAUCUGAUGGGGUACUUUGCGCUCAUUUCAGGGCGGCUGGAUCUUGUUGAGCACAACGUCAAGGGCAGCCAGCUGCUGGAGAACAUUGUCAACCAGAUCAACCUGCAGGUUCGCGAGCUGCAAUUCAUUGGCUCGCUGAUCAAGACCGUCAUUCCUCCUGGCUACAAGCUGCCGGCUGUCGCGCGUUCAAACCUCUCGACGGCCGACCAACUCAGACUGCUUGAGACCAACAGCACGGAGCUGACCGCUGCUCUCGAAAAGUUCAACCACAAUGUGCGUGUUCUGGUAGACGUUGCUACCAACAAGACGAAAAACUCUCCGAUGCUGACGCGCUCGGGCACCGCCACGUCGCGCAGCACCGCCCCAACGAAGGACAUGUACUUCUACUCGAGAGAGGGCGGAGCCGUGAUCAACACCGCGUGUCGGCUGGUUUAUCUGGUGAGCACGUCGUACAAGGUGCUCAAGACGUUCCUGGCGGCCACGAAGGACUUCGAGCUGCCAAACACACGCGAGUACCCAGACUUCCUCGAGAUGAACGUUUCGCCAAAAUCGUUCAUCAAAAUCUGCUCCACGGGGCUGAUUUCCGACAAGGAGAUCACCAGACAGCUGAAACAGCACAAGACUGCGCGGGGCGACAAGCGCGCGUCGAAACGGUUCUCGAUGUUCCGUGCGGGCGAUGCGGCCAACAUGGAGCUCACGGCGGACGGGCUGGACUUUCUCGCAGAGGUGACUCCCGGCGACGGCACGCCGUUCAUCCAGAACGACGGCACGUUCGACCAGCUGCUGGACGAGCCCGCCGGCGACGUGAGCCACGAGGACGAGGUGCUCCGCGGGCCGGACAACGAGAUCCUGGGCGCGUCGUUCCGCGCGCUCGUGUGUCUGCUGACCGACGAGAACAAUCCGCCCGAGUACUUUUUCGUGUCGACGUUUUUCCUCACGUUCCGGAUUUUCUCGCACGGCUCGGUGCUUCUGGAGGAGCUGGUGGCGCGUUUCGACGUCAACAACACGAUUAUCGAAAACGAGAAGAAGAACGGCGCCGGCGGCCUGCACAUGCACUCGUCGCUCGAGUCCAAGAUCAAGCACAGACGCCAGCUCGUGUGCAAGACGUUUAUGCUGUGGCUCGAGAGCUACUGGAAGCCAAGGACAGACUACAACCUGCUGCCGCCGCUGCUGAACUUCUUCAACGAGGCCGUCAAGGAGUACCUGCCGCUGGAGGCGCUCCGGCUGAUCGAGACGGCGUCGAAGCUGAUCGGCAUGCCACCCGUCGAGACCAUCAAGGACAGGCUCAACUACUACAACAACAUCGACAACGACUCGCAGCUGGUGCCGCGCAAAAUCUCGCCAAAGCAGCAGCACAAACACAUCUCGCGGCACAUCUCUACCUUCUCGUUCUCAGACCCUGCCGGCAUCAUGAACGAUCUCGACACGUACAACUCGCUGCUGGACGACCUCGACACCUACGACCUGGAGAGGACGGCCACCAGAGGCAGUCGCCAGUCGAUCAACCUCGGCCUGGCGAUCGACCUCAAGAACACCGACUCCAACGUGGUGCUGCUCAGCGACAAGCAGCUCGAGUCGAUCCAGAAAGUCAUUCUGUCGUACAGAAACAUGCUGCGCGAGCACUGGCAGCGCGGGAACAUGCGGCUCGACAAGUUUGUGCCGCUAGACACGCAGACGCUGCUUGACUCGUGGUGGAAAACCGCCCAGGAGAGCUGGAAGAUCCUCAACCAGGACCUGGCCCUGCUCAACUUCAACGGGCUCGAGAUCGCCAAACAGCUGACCCUGAUCGAGUCCAAGAUGUUCUGCUCCAUCAAGGCAGAGGAGCUGCUCAACCAAAACUUCACCUCCAAGAAAUUGCACCUCAACCUCUCGCCAAACAUCCAGCGCUCGGUGCUCUUCACCAACCUGCUGAGCGAUUACGUCAUCGAGAGCAUUCUGCAACCGAAACUCACCAUGAAGCAGCGCGUGCACGCGGUCAAGUGCUGGCUCAAGAUCGCGAUCUCGUGUCUGUACCUGCGGAACUUCAACUCACUUGCGUCGAUCAUGACGUCGCUGCAGAGCUUCCUGAUCACGCGGAUCACGCGCAUCUGGGACGGUCUGUCCGACAAGUACAGGGAGCUGUUCCAGUAUCUGGCGUCGAUCAUCCAUCCCGACAAGAACUACCACGUGUACCGCGGCAAGAUCCGCGACUUUUUGCUCUCCAAUCUCGAGGAAAACCUCGACAUUCCUACGGUGCCGUAUCUGUCGCUCUUUCUGCAGGACCUGACGUUUAUCGUGGACGGUAAUCCAAAUUACAGAGACAACACCAAGUCGUUCCUGAACCAGAAGCUGAUUAAUGUCGACAAGUACACCAAGAUCACCAAGAUUAUCCUUGAUCUGCAGACGCUGCAAAUCCCCUACAAAGACACGGGCGAGCUGGGCAAGGUGUACAACAAGGACCAGAAGAUCGACCUGAUCCGAAGCGCCACCAUCAGGAACCUGCGGCUGCAGUUGCAGGACGAGUCGCAGAGUUUCGACGAUAUGUUUGACAUUGCUGGCGUGCCGUGCUUGCAGGAGCUGAUUUUGCUCGAGAUCUGGAAGGUGAAGCAGAUCAACAUGAAAGAGGACGACCGGAGCUGGAAGCUGAGCUGCGAGAUCCAGCCGCGAGACGAGUAG